AGUCUAAGUGUCUUCUAUACUGGUAUAAGUCGCGUGAAGAAGAGGCUGGAAAUCCCCAGCUUGACCUAUAUGUUACAUAUAUAAAGGCUGGCUACACAAAUUGGUUGUAGGAGUCAAUUAAUAUCAGAAACUUAACAUCAACAUGACGGAGGCUGCAGAAUUGAGAUUACCAAACGUUGAAAACCUUCCUGACAUGUGGACUGAUAGAUUGUAUGCAGAAAAAAAGCCAAAAAUAGUUGUUUUUCGUCCCGUGAAAAGUGACCGAUUCAUAGUCAACGAUAAUGGACAAUUGAGAGUAGAAAAAGUAGCAAAUAUCACCACAGAUAAAAGCUGUCAAUUUUCGGAGCAUUUUACCGUGGAAAAUUAUACGAAAAAAUACGAAUUCCGAUCUGAGAGUAACGACAAAUUGUGUCUUGGUGUCACCGACCAGAAAACGUUCGAACUUACAGAGAAAAAUCCUAGAUCCAAUACGUAUUUCCAACAGCUGAAAUGUUCAAAAUAUGCCUGUAUGGACACAGAAUUUACCAAAACUUCUCAAUGCCAACGUCUAUUAGAAGGAAAGCAUAACGGGGAUAUGAGCACCAAUAACAAAAGAACAUGCGGGGAGACGGAUGAAAGCUUCAUAUCGAACACAGAUUCCCGUAAUCCCGUUGUUCAACUUUUCCUGAAACCCUGGGACACAGGUUUGGUUGUGUUAUACCAAGAUGGUAACUUCGAGGUGGUGGAACAGGAAGACGGGCUGUGUGGACGGUACAAUGGCUUCGCUAAAUUCUCCCUAUAAAAUCUUUUUGUUAUAUGUCAUUUUACAUCGCAUUACAUGGAUUGCUGUUUCUGUGCCAUUUGUAUUUAUCUAGUGUUAGUCUGUAUACGAUGUAAUUUAAAAAGAAAUACUCCACAUUUGCAUAUCUAAUUUAAUUUAUUUUGUUAAUAAA